AUUUUGCUUAAAUCAAUAACAGAGCAGCAUCUCCUCAUCCGGAAACAACAACAACGCCGGAAAUGUGUCCCGUUAAAAACCGUCCGACCGGAACUCUCUAAUAACUAAAGUUCCUUUGGUGCAGUCAUCAUGUCCAACACAGGCCCCAUGCGCUUCAUCCUCAAUGCCCCCCAACCCUCCACGCCAGUCCUAGUGGGCGUAAAAGUGCUGCUGUGCAUCGUCCCCAUCGCUCAGAUCGCCGUAGGUGCAGCGCACCUGGACGAUUGCCCCCGCCAGCACCUCAUCCCCGUCUACCUGAUCAUCGCCGGUCUCUUCUUUGCAAUGCUAGUGCUGAUGGUUUGCCUGCCCUGUGCACGGCAGCCGGAAAACAAGCCACCGAACCCCCUGUGCCUAUUCUGCCUGGGCUGGACGGCGCUCACGGCCUUGUUCCUCGUCGCCUGGUUCAUCGCCGGUAACGUGUGGAUCUACUCCAUUUACGAGCCCAACUACUACAAGAACGUGACAAGUCCGGAGCCCUACUGCGACAAGACGCUCUACCUGUUCGCCUUCUGGACCACAACGCUGGUCUACAUCCUGGUCAUUCUGGGGGUGGGGAUCGGCUUUCUCGUCCUGUUCUGUCUUUACUUGUGUGGCCACGCGGACCCUGAUGACGACUACAUCUAGAAAGACCUUCCACCAAACGCGUGGGCUGCCUGGGCAUCGUGACAUCAUGGUCGCUGUAUGAACUCCUUAAGCCGAAGCAUUAAUGGCAGCCGCUUGCUAGCUUUUGCCAUACAUGUAUCGACAUGAAAAUGUCAUAUUAUGACCAAUAUCAGUUAUUAUUAUCAGAGUAUUGUUUAUUGUACUCAUAUACACACUGAAAUCUUUUAACCAAAAAAAUACAUACUGUACAUCUGUCUUGUAUUCAUGUUAACAUUUAAGCUUUUCCAGGAAAUGACUAAAUCACUGAGUUUUUUAAAGGCCACUGAAAUGAAUUUGUUUUAUUUAAACGGGGAUAGCAGAUACAUUCUAUGUGUCAUACUUGAUCAUUUCGCGAUAUUGCCAUAUUUUUGCUGAAAGGAUUUAGUAUAGAACAACGACGAUAAAGUUCGCAACUUUUGGUCUCUGAUAAAAAAAA